UGUGCUGCCCAAGAUGGUGGGGAAGCUGAAGCAGAACCUGCUGCUGGCGUGCCUGGCCAUCAGCUCGGUGACCGUGUUCUACCUGGGCCAGCACGCCAUGGAGUGCCACCACCGCAUGGAGGAGCGCAGCCAGCCCCCACGAGGGGACGGUGGCAGGGCCACCACGCUGGGGACAGCCCCCAGCGGCAACAGGAGCCUGCCCUACAGCAAGGACAUGCCCCUGAUCUUCAUCGGCGGCGUGCCCCGCAGCGGCACCACGCUGAUGCGCGCCAUGCUGGACGCGCACCCCGACAUCCGCUGCGGCGAGGAGACCAGGGUGAUCCCCAGGAUCCUGGCUGUCAAACAGAUGUGGGCCAGGUCCAGCAAGGAGAAAAUCCGCCUGGACGAGGCAGGAGUCACGGAUGAGGUGCUGGAUUCGGCCAUGCAGGCCUUUCUCUUGGAGAUCAUCGUCAAGCACGGCGAGCCCGCUCCCUAUUUGUGUAACAAGGAUCCCUUCGCUUUGAAAUCCUUAACUUACCUCGCCAGGAUUUUCCCCAAUGCCAAAUUCCUGCUGAUGGUGCGGGAUGGCCGUGCCUCCGUGCAUUCCAUGAUCUCCAGGAAAGUCACAAUUGCUGGCUUUGACCUGAACAGCUACAGGGACUGCCUGACCAAGUGGAACCGGGCCAUAGAAACCAUGUACAACCAGUGCAUGGAGGUGGGCUUCCAGAGGUGCAUGCUGGUGCACUAUGAACAGCUGGUGCUGCACCCUGAGAGGUGGAUGAGGACUCUCCUCAAGUUCCUGCACAUCCCAUGGAACCAGGCAGUGCUGCACCACGAGGAGAUGAUUGGAAAAGCAGGGGGGGUUUCUCUUUCCAAGGUUGAAAGAUCCACUGACCAAGUGAUCAAGCCAGUGAACGUGGAAGCCCUGUCCAAGUGGGUUGGGAAGAUCCCAGCUGAUGUCCUGCAGGACAUGCCAGUGAUUGCCCCCAUGCUGGCCAAACUGGGCUAUGACCCCUAUGCCAACCCCCCCAACUAUGGGAAGCCAGAUCAGAAAGUGGUGGAGAACACAAGGAGGGUCUAUAAAGGUGAAUUUCAGCUUCCUGACUUCCUCAAAGAAGUGCCACAGCCAAAGAAGACAGUAGAAAGGAAGUCUCGUGGCAAGAUAAAAUGACCAUGGAUCAGUAAAGUGCCAUAGCUGUAGUACUGAACCUAUGGAAUAGAAGAGAAAAUGGACAUUUCUUGCACAGAAGAUCAGCUGCUGCCUUUUCCAUGGGAAUGAUCCCU